AUGCGAAACGCGCCGCGGAGGAGCUCGCGUUCAAGUCUAGGUCGCAACACACUCGCUCUCACUACUGCUCUGGCGCUCGCGAACGCGGGGGAGGGGGCUGAAGUGACCGCGGAACAGGCGAAGCCGGACAACAAGGGGGAGAGCUCGAGCUCUGACCGCGGCGAGGAUGCCCUUGUGAACGCGCCUCAGGGUGGAAGUGACAAGGAUGCACCGGGCGAGGCAGAUGGCCAGGUUCGCGGGCAGGCCGAACGGGAUGCCGCGGAGCAUGAUGAUGUCGCGAUGGAUAACCGGGGCGGUGAGUUGGAGCUGGAGGGUUCGGAACAAAUGGAGGAUGAAGAGGACAAGGAUGAGGAGGAGGAGGAGAAGGAGAAGGAGGAGGAGGAGGAGGAGGAGGAGGAGGAGGAGGAGGAGGAGGAGGAGGAGGAGGAGGAGGAGGAAGAGGAGGAGGAGGUGGAGGAAGAGGUGGAGGAAAUCUCGGUGAACACUGCGGGGCGGGCGGCGGUCGCGGGUGCAGGGAAGAAUAUUUGCGGUCUGCAUGCUGUGCAGUCACCCCGUACAGGGAGCGCGACCCCGUCAUGCGAGUUUGCGGGCAAGAGUCCGGUCGCGGGGAAGCGGAAACACGCGGAGCUGGUGAAGAUGCAUCCUGCUAAGCUGGCUGCGGAAAUCCUCCGCUUGGACGAGGUGGCAAGGAAUCAGAAGUGGCGAAUCACCAAGCUGGAGGAAGUCGCGUCCGCAAAGCCUGGUACAGAACACGCGGUGGUGAUCACGCAGAGCUACGACGAUCUUGCGGCCACGGUGGAGAAGGUGCUGGUUCACGUGAAGAACUCGGAACGGGUGAUACUCAGGGAAGCCAAGCUGGCCGCGAAGGACAAGGCGGAGAAUCGCGACAUGCGGGAGGUGCUGACACGCGCUGCUGCUCGCUUUGAGGAUAACGCGGGUAACCUGAAGGGGGUGGUUGUGGACUCCAUGGAAAACGCGCAAAAGAAGUUGAUGGACGAGGUCGCCAGGAAGAUCGACGGCGCGUCAUCCAACAUUGCGUCCACCUCCGAGUGCGCGAUUCUGACAAGCGGCGUCACCAACGCUCUCAACACCGUCAUCGCCAUGCUUUCCGGUCGGAAGAAGGUCGCGGACAAGGAGAAAGAAACGGGGAAUAAGGUCGCGGACAAGGAGACAGCAAGGAAGGUCGCGGACAAGGAGACAGGUAAGAGGGUCGUGGACAAGGAGACUGGGAAGGGUGAGAGCAGCAGGGGAGGGAAGCUGCAGAAAGGUGUCGCAAUCCCUAGCGUCACUGAUAUCCUGAAGAGCAAGGGGGGCGCGGUCGUUGAGCGUGCAGGGCUGUUCCCGAGGGGAACCACCAGGGGGGAUGCUGAUGCGGGACCAACGCCCGGACCCUCGGCCGUGGAAGUUGAUGUCAAGGCAAAGAAUCAGGGCCGCGGUGGUUGUAAGCCGCCUCCAGCCGCGUUGAAAGUGGACCACGACAACAACAACGACUCGGACGUGGACGAUGAGGUUGAGCUGGUGCUUCAGAGGUUCGUGGGGCCGAGCGACACCAGCGGCACUAGCGGCAAGCGCAAGGGCUGUGGUAUCUGCCCUCCGCCCAGGGGUGGAGAGGGGAUGGUGGGCGAACUGUGGCUGGGGGAAGACGUCGCUGGCUGGGACAUCACUCCCACCAAGAGGUACCACCACAUGUUCAAAGCCUACCGCGACCUCACCCGCCCCAACUCCUCCCUCGGCAACGCGGUCGCUUGGGCAGCUACGGUGGGGAAGGAGGCGGCAGAUGAGGAGCCCGAUGUCACCGGCGCUCAGGAGGGCCUUUUUGCCGGUGCGGUCGCGUGCGCGAUCGCGAUGGUGAAGGAGAGUGCCCGCACGAGCACCACCGAGGUCACGCCGAAGCAGGUCGCGGAGAAGAUAGAGUCGGCGGUCGUGAACCGCCUUGGAGCGCGACUUGGGGACCCCACCCUGGUUGCUAUGGUCGCGCACGAGGCGGUGGACGUGCUGAUGACUUGGAGCGACUGCAAGAUCGCGGCCAGGAUGAUGGAGGCCAACGGGCUCUAUCUCGCGUUGCCUGAGAAGCGACUGUCCGCGAAGAAAAGGUCCGCGUGA